GAUCGCAUCGCAGCUGGGUGUAACGUGCCUUGCAACAUCGUUGUAUCUCGUUGGUUUUCUUCUCUUCUCUUCCAUUCAACGCUCAAGACGAGGACAGCUACUCAUUCUUCACUUUCUUUCCCUGUUUCUCUCCGUCUAUCCAUCCAUGAUUGCGGUUUCAACCUGAUAAGCCAUCUUCCCCGGAACUGUCUUGUGUCAACGGAAGUACCCCUCAUCUCAGGGACCGCAUAACCACCACCACCACCAUCAGCAGCAGCAGCACCUGAAAACAAGGUUAGACUGCGAGGUGAGGCGAGAUAAGGCAAGACAAGGCCAGACAAGGCCAGACAAGGCUAGAGACGCGCUUUCUGGGAACGCCGCAUUUCGUUAUCAUUCCUCUGAGCAUUCGUAAAGAGGACCAACAGAGACGGACGAGCGAUGGAUCCUGGUUUCGCCCUGCACCAGUUCCUGCAGCCGCUCCGGGCUGACAGCCAAAAGAUUCACGCACUGUCCCGCCUCUUUUAUGCCAAUUUCAAGCAUCUUGCUCUCAACGCCGAGGACCAAUUCCUCGCGACGCCCAUCUCCGAGUCCAUUCUAAGACCUGUCAGCCACAACGGCCAUGGAAGGCAUCUAGCCAUCGACAUCGGAGGCACGAACCUGAGAGUAGGGUUCGUCGAACUGGAAGGCAAAGACACCACAAUCCCCGACGACGCACUCUCCGCAGCCAUCCCCCGGACCAAUGGCACCUCCUCCACCGCACCAGCCCUCCGCCUCAAAGAGAAGUCGUGGCCCAUCGAUGACCGCCUCAAAACGGACAGCGAGGCCGACGCCCAGCUUCUCUUCGACUGGAUCGGCGCCCGCAUCGCCGAAGUUGUCCGCUCCGCUUGCGAGGAAUGGCAGCUUCCCGCCCAAGAGGAGCUCCCCUUAGGCAUCACCUUCAGCUUUCCCAUGGUCCAGCACUCCAUUUCCGACGCCACUGUCAUGACCAUGGGCAAGGGCUUCAGCAUUGGAGGUGACGCCGAACUGGGUCCUCUGCUGCUCAGGGGAUAUGAAAAGUCCCGCGUCGUCGAGGAUGGAGACGCCCACCGGCUCCCUCCCAUCCGCAUCGCAGCGAUAUCCAACGACUCCGUUUCCACCCUCAUCUCCUUUAUUUACCUGUUCGACGAGUCUCAGUCUAAGAAGGCCAGCAUGGGCCUCAUCGUCGGCACCGGCUGCAACGCCACGAUCCCCCUUCGACUCACCGCCAUGGGCUCCAACAAGUGGCCCGCAAACGUGAGCACACUCCCAGGAGAAUCUGCCCGUCUCGCCCGCAUCGCCGUCAACACGGAAUGGAGCAUCCGCGGCACCGCCCCUCCCAUGCGCGAGCUGCACCUCAUCACUCCGUGGGAUUCUGCCCUCGACGCCGCACUCGUGGGCCCCAAUGAGAUUGCCGGCUUCCAGCCGCUCGAGUACAUGACCGCCGGCCGCUACCUCGGCGAGCUCGGCCGUCUCAUACUCGUCGACUACCUGAAAACGGUGCUCGCCUUCGAUGAGUCAUCCUUGCCCAAAGAUCUGUUGGUCAGGUACCGGAUGACGACGACGUUUCUCAGCCACUUCAAGCCCUCUCACCCGUCAGAUCCGUCGGCCCUACUUGCCAAGUUGGAUAACGAGUUCCCGGCAGAUGGGGGCGCCUCCUUCCAGUGGACCCCCGAGACGGCCGUCGCCCUCUACCACAUCGCAAAGGCCAUCCAAGUCCGCGCCGCAGGCAUCGUCGCAGCAGCCACCGUGGCCCUCCUCAAGCUGGCGGGGGAUAUCCCCGAGCCAGUGCCAGGCGGUGGCGCCGUGACACCCGUCAAGGAGCUGGGCGUCGGCUACACCGGCGGCUGCAUCUCGCACUUCCAGGACUACCUCGCUGAUACCCAGGACUUUCUGGACAAAAUUGUGAGGCUCGACUACCACGACCAGCCGCCGCCGGUGCGGGUCGUGUUGAGCCCCUGCCACGACGGCGGCAUCAAGGGCGCUGGCAUUCUUGCGGCCGCGACGGGGUCGAGCCAGACGCAGGAGACACAGAAAUGAGUUAUGUAGAGAUACAGCAUAAAGGCAUAGAGAAGGAAAUGGACGCAGAAGAAGAGAGAAAUGUGCGGUUAGCAAUGGGCGGCAUUGGCAUGGGCGGUUUUGGCCAUCAUCGGCUUGCGCAACUAGGGCCUCAAUGCAGAAUCGAUAAUACCUGUCUGAAUAACGCGACGAUGACCGCCCUCAGCAACGUCUUAUCACUCCUCAGCACAGCCCCAAACCAAUGGAACACCGACGCGUUUUUAUUAAAAAAAGGAUAAAAAAAAGGAUGUUAAGUGCCUCGCGUUUGGCCGGGCGUCGGAACAUAUUCUCUGAAGACCCGGUGAACCAGAAACUGCCCCCCAGAUGGGCCUGACUCCUUUUUGACCGUCUUGGGCCCGGAGCCUCGAUUCGAUGGGGGAAUGCAGUUGGAAAAGAGGGCGAGAAAAGAUAACGUCUCAUCCAACUCCCUCCCCCCCCCCC